AUGCCUCUCGAUUACUCCGCUUAUGACCAGUUCAAGAUCUCGUUCCCCGCCGAGUGGGUGGCGCUGGUCGAGACCAACCGACCCAAGUCUCUCAACUCGUACAACCUCAAGACGUGGGAGCAGUUUGGCCAGAUUUUCAUCCAGAUGAGCGACGAUAGCGACAUCCGAUGCAUUGUGUUUGGCGGCGAGGGCCGAGCCUUCUGCUCGGGUCUGGAUAUCAAGGAAAUGGGCUCGUUUGGAGCCGAUGACGACGAUAUGGAGGCUGCUCGAAAGGCCAUCAAGUUCCGACGAUUCAUCACCGACUUCCAGGACAACAUCAAGCAGCCCCAUCUGUGCCGAAAGCCCAUCAUUGCCGUGUGCCACGGAAUCUCCUUCGGUCUGGCCCUCGACAUGAUUUCCGGCAUGGACAUUCGAAUCGCCUCCAAGGACGUCAAGUUCUCCAUCAAGGAGGCCGACAUUGGUCUGGCCGCCGACAUGGGCACUCUGCAGCGACUGCCCAAGGUGGUCAACAACCUCGGAUGGAUCAAGGAGCUCGCCUACACUGCCCGAAUCUUUGGCGCCGAGGAGGCCUUCACCCAGGGUCUGGUUACCCACGUGGUUGAGGACAAGGCUGCCGGCAUGAAGAAGGCCCUCGAGAUGGCUGUUCUCAUCUCCGAGAAGUCCCCCGUGGCUGUCCAGGGAUCCAAGGAGACCAUCAACUACGCCAUUGACCACACCAUUGAAGACGGUCUGGCCCAGAUUGCAAACUUCAACACUUAUGCUGUUGCUGGCGACACCAUCGAGGCUGCCAUGAGCAUGGCCAUGAAGAAGAAGCCUACUUACGAGAAGUUGUGA